AUGCACACUGCUCAUAAAUCCAGUGGUGACAAAGCCCCAAGAGACAUUCAAAGGAUCCAAUCUAACAAGAAAGGGAAUACUGAGGGGAAAAGAAACAAAGAGACACGUCAUGAAAGCCCCCAGUGCAGAAAGACUUCAUACCAGGAAAUACUUCAGCGACUAGACACCAAGGAGAAACAACAUGAAUGCUCCCAGUGUUACAAAACAUUUGCUAGACGUUCUGAUCUUGUAAUUCAUCAAAUAAUUCACACAGGAGAAAAUCCCCAUCAGUGCGGUACAUGUGGGAAGGCCUUCAGCAAAGUGUGUCAUCUCAAGACACACCAGAAGAUCCAUACUGGGGAAAAGCUAUAUAAGUGCACUACAUGUGGGAAGGUCUUUAAACAAUUGUCUAAUCUCAAGGGACACCAGAUGAUCCAUACUGGGGAAAAGCCACACCAGUGCAGUACAUGUAGGAAGGCCUUUCGUCAUAUGUCUGCUCUCAAGAGACACCAGAUGAUCCAUACUGGGGAAAAGCCCCAUCAGUGCACUACAUGUGGGAAGGCCUUCAGGCAAAUUACACUUCUCAAAACACACCAGAGGAUCCAUACUGGGGAAAAUCCCCACCAGUGCAGUACAUGUGGGAAGGCCUUAAGUUGCAUGUCUGCUCUCAAGACACACCAGAUGAUCCACACUGGGGAAAAGCCACACCAGUGCAGUACAUGUGGGAAGGCUUUUAGUCACAUGUAUCAUCUCAAGACACACCAGAUGGUCCAUACUGGGGAAAAGCCACACCAGUGCAGUACAUGUGGGAAGGCCUAUAGUCACAUGUGUCAUCUCAAGACACACCAGAUGAUCCAUACUGGGGAAAAGCCCCACCAGUGCAGUACAUGUGGGAAGGCCUUUAGUCACUUGUCUCAUCUCAAGGGACACCUGAAGAUCCAUACUGGGGAAAAGCCACACCAGUGCAGUACAUGUGGGAAGGCCUUAAGUUGCAUGUCUUCUCUCAAGACACACCAGAUGAUCCAUACUGGGGAAAAACCACACCAGUGCAGUACAUGUGGGAAGGCCUUUACUAAAAUGUUUCAGCUCAAGUUACAUCAGAUGAUCCAUACUGGGGAAAUGCCACACCAGUGCAGUACAUGUGGGAAGGCCUUUAAUCAAUUGUGUCACCUCAAGAAACACCAGAAAGUCCAUACUGGGGGAAAGCCGUAUCGGUGUACUACAUGUGGAAAGUAUUUCAGGAGUAGCUCUGACCUCAACAAACAUCAGAUUACACAUACCAGAGAAAAGCCCCAUCAGUGUUGUCAGUGUGGAAAGGCCUUUAGCCGAAUAUCUAUUCUCAAGAGGCAUCAGAGGAUCCAUUCCAAUGAUGUGCUGCCCUGAUAAUACAUGAUGGAGUAUCUCUUACUGAAAUAUUUCUUGAUUAGC